AUGGAUGCCAGCACACAUGAACAGUCAGAUACUACUCGCACUCACGCUCUCCCUCCCUCUCCCGCACUCUCUCUCACUCACUCACUCACUCUUUCACUCUUUCAUGCCUUCCAUUUCCCUUUCAGCCCGUGAAUCAGACGAUCGCAACCGUGGCUGUUCAUAUCAAACGGUUAUGCACUCCAUCUUCACUUCGUUUUGCACUUUUGUCUUUUUGUGCUCCUAUACAUGACGAUCCCUUCAUGUAUGUUGCUAUUUGUGCUUGAUCCGCUAGAAUUUUCGGUUUGCAUUCUAAUUAAGUGUUGCGUUCUGCGGCGGAACAUUUUGGAAGAUUGAUUACAACUUUGUCUGCAGGUCGCUCUGCAACUUUCGAAUCACCCGUUGGGGAGUUCGAGCGACGUUUGGAUAUGAGUUUUGGACAGUGUCUGAUUCAUUGUAGGUGAGUGCUGGCGUCAGUCAGCUGUCCUCUCUCUGUUGCAAAGACAAAACUAUUAGAGGGAGCUUCAAUUCAUUAACUGCGAUUUUGACAACGGGAGACGCUUUGAUCGAGCGUUGUGAAUGUGACUAUUUUUUUCUGAGGCCGCACGCGGACUGGAAGUUAGUUGCAAGGGGCUAGAAGAGAGGCACGAUGGGACCGAAGAAGGGAGGCAAAGGGAAGGGGAAGAAUGAAAAGGUAGAGGAAGUGUCUGCAGGUGCAACACCAUCAGAGCUAUUGACAAAAAUUGCUGCGCUCAAUGAAGCUAAAGAUAAGGAGAUGCAAGAGCGCAACCUUAUGAUGAUCGAACGGGAUAAGAUCUCGUCAUUCUGGGAGAUAAAAAAGGAGGAAUAUGACAAACUUCGCGCAGAAUUCCGCAACAAAGACCGAGCUAUGGAAGAGCUUGAAGAACACCACCAGCUCGAACUAAAGCUGUGCAACCAAAAAUUAAAACAUCUGCUUUACGAGCAACAACAUGCGAUAGCCACAGUAAAGACUGACAAUGAGCAAGCUCUAAAAUUGCAACGGGACCAAUUCAGCAAGCGUGAAGGAGAGCUCGUGAAUGACAAGCGUGCUCUCAAGGAUCAAGUGAAAGAGAUGGGAUUGUCCUACGAAGACAUCAUUCGCUCUGUGAAAAUGGAACAUGCUAAAGAGGUCACGAAGAUUCGCCAAGAGUUUGAUCAAAAUGCUAAAGAGCUUCAGCAAAAGUCAGAUCGCAAGAUCAAGACUCUGAGAGAUGAAAUGGAUCUGCGUCGAAAAUCAGAGAUUCACGAAAUUGAGGAACGGAAGAAUGUACAUGUGAGUGAAUUGAUGAAAAAUCACGAGAAAGCUUUCACUGAAAUCAAAUGCUACUACAACGAUAUCACCCACAACAAUCUCGAUUUGAUCAGAACUUUGAAGGAAGAUGUGACGGGCAUGAAAAUGAGAGAAGCCGCGAACGAGAAACUGAUGUAUGAAAUUGCACAAGAAAACAAGCGGCUGACUGAACCGCUGGAGAAGGCUCUCAAGGAAGUAGAGGUUUUGAGAUUGGGCAUGGCUAACUAUGAAAAGGACAAACAACUACUUUCUCAAGCGAAUUCGAGACAAAAAGAAUCGACGAAAAAAUUCAAGCAGCUUGAGUGGGAUUACCAGGUCCUCCAAAGCCGGUGUGAACAACUACAAGCGGAGCGCGAUGAAAUUUUUUCUAAGUUCGUGAGCAGCGUCCACGAUGUUCAGCAAAAAUGUGGACUCCAAAGCAUGCUUCUGCAACGGAAGGUGCAAGUUCUGGGAGAGAAGCUCGAAAAGAAGGAAGCACAGCUUGGAACGGGAGAAGUUCAAGGAGGUGUUCACUCUAGUGCUGAAAAAGUUUUGGAAUCGAAGAAUAACCUGAUCAAGUCCCUGCGAUACGAUCUCGGGAAAAUUUUGAAGGUAGUCGUGUUGUCUGUGUGCUUGGGAAAAAACGUGGCACACAAUGAUGUUAUCAAGGCGUACGAAGAAAAAAUGGCAGAAUAUGGAAUCCCACUUGAAGAGAUGGGUUUGACGCAUUAUAUCUCCAGAUGCAUGAUCUGAAUUGGCUUUCAGCAACUUAAGCAAACCAUCUGGGUCCUGAUGCAACGGUUUAUCGAACAAGAAUGGAGAAUCUAGACCUCUCGGAAUGGAGGUUCACGGAACCGAUGCCAUGAGCAGCAGCGUAGCUACCUCCGCAACAAGCAUCAUUUCACUUGUAGUCGCUCCUCAUCUACCGCACCGCAAGGUUUUGUAUUGACAUGUGUUGCAAUGUUGCAAUCCUGAAAGUGACGACGUAUUAGCUUUGCACCUACAUGCGUUAUGAAGCUACUUACUAGAUAUGCUCCUUUGAGCCAAAUUUUCAUGAAUGCUACGGAGCUUUCUCAUUGUGAAGGAUGCAUUCUUAGGAUGUCCCUUGUAUCCAAAGCAGACGCACAUGGCUUUGUCUAGUUGCAGUCCAAGGGAGCAGCUAUGACAAAUCUUUCCAUUCAAGCAAUCUUUAGCUUGAUAUGCAAUAUUGUUGCCGCUAAUAUUAUGAAUUGUGUACCUGAGGAUGAUUUUUUCA